AUGUCUAUCUUACUAUCCCGUGUAAUUCGUGCUUUGGAAAAAAUUGCUCCCCUAUCACUUGCAGAAUCAUCUUGGGAUAACGUUGGUCUACUUGUUGAACCUCCAUAUCCACGUCCAGAUUCUUCACGAGUAUUUUUAACAAUCGAUCUAACCUCAUCAGUACUAGAGGAGGCCUUAGCAGACCCAAAAGUUGGUGUAAUAGUAGCAUACCAUCCACCAAUUUUCCGGUCUUUCAAACGUUUGAAUUUGAGUGAUAUUAAACAGGCUAUAAUACUAAAAUGUGUGGCGAAAGGAAUUGGAGUGUUUAGUCCGCAUACUGCUGUGGAUUCUAGUGUUGGUGGUGUGAAUGAUUGGCUAUCAAAAGCACUUGGAGCUGGAACUUCUAGGCCUAUAACUCUGGCUGAAAAUCCGCCUCUAGGUCACGAAACAGCUGGGUUGGGAAGACUAUUUACAUUAGCACAGCCUGCUCCUCUUUAUACAAUUAUAGAGCGAUUAAUGAAAUUAAUGAAAUUCGGGUUAAAUAAUAAAGUUAGAGUAGCUACGGCUGAACGUCAUAGUUCAACCUCUAAUGAAUUGAUUUCGACUGUUGGAAUUUGUGCAGGAUCUGGUUCAAGUGUACUUUCGCCGGCCACAGCAGACUUAUAUUUCACUGGAGAAAUGUCACAUCACGAUGUACUUGCUGCAUUGAGUAAAAACACUAGCGUCAUCUUAUGUGAACACUCAAAUACAGAAAGGGGAUAUCUUUCCCAAGUGCUUAAACCUUAUCUUGAAAACUUAUUACAAAAUGACGGAGAAACUGAGGUUGUUGAUGUGGUGACUAGUAAUAUAGAUAGAGAUCCUUUGGAGAUAGUUUGA